AUUCAUGAACAACGUAUAUGAAAACAUGUGAUCAUUACUAAUUCAAAUUUAAAAAUUAAUUUAAUUGAAAACAUUUGAUAAUUAUAUGGAAAAUUCAACGAAUAAAGAAUCAUCGUCAUUAACAAAUCAUGAAACGAAACAAAAAGAUAGCAAAUUUUGGGAAACGUUAUUUCUUAGUUCGAUUGCUGCCGUUGGUUUAUUGAUUGGUUUUUCCAAUGGUAUAUCUGUGGCUAAAAAAAAUGAUGAAACAGCAUUCAACAAAGGUUUAAUGAUGUUGCCCGAACGACCAAAUCAACCGGGAAUACCAAAACCACCACCGAUGGAAAGCGGUGUACGUUUGGCAGCACGUGCACUUGGUAUUGGUUCAUUGUAUGCAAUUGGAGGCGUUAGUAUCAUAUCCGCUAUGAUAUGGUUCGGUGUUGGGGCCAAAAAUCUCAAAGAUUUUCGUGAAAAAAUUGGUGAAAAAUUACCACAAAUUCCUCGCAAUAAUCCUCCACAAGGACGAACCGAAUUCGAAUCAUUUCGUGAUCUGUUCACAUAUCUUGCCGAAGAAUCCGAAAAAGAAAAAAAAUUGAAAGAGGGUGAAAAAAACGAUACAAGAUGAUAAUUUAGAUGUUUUUUCUUAUUCAAUUCAUUUAUAUAUUUUUUAUCAAUUCUUUUUUCUUGUAUCAAAAACUGUAAAUUAGUGAAUAAAUUUCAUUUUGAAGUGUUUGA